AUGAAACCGCACGUGUGGGAAAAUAUAAGUAACAAUACUGAUACACAAAACAAAACAGUUCAGACACGAAGCAAUGAGCAAUCAAAUAAAAGAAAAAAUUGCAAGAAGGAUAACAGACCAAUUGGACAUCUCAUUCUCCUAGCUGAAGUUGUAACAAAAUGUCCAAGAAAAUGUCGAGACAGAAAAAUAGGCACAUUGAUUAUCUUGGCGGAUGUCAUAAAUGAUGCGUGUCAAUCGUCAUCAUCAAGUGUGGUGUCAUCAACACCAACAUCAGUUGCAUCAUCCACUCUUUUUUCCUCGACUGUUAUAUCAUCCCCUUCAUCAUCAUUAUCAUCAUCAACUAUUAUUUCAUCGUCAUCACUAUCUUCAUCAACAAUAAUAUCAUCGUCAUCACUGUCAUCAUCAACAAUAAUAUCAUCGUCAUCACUGUCAUCAUCAACAAUAAUAUCAUCGUCAUCACUGUCAUCAUCAACAAUUAUUUCAUCAUCAUCACUGUCAUCAUCAACAGUAAUUUCAUCAUCAUCACUUUCAUCAUCAACAAUUUUUUCAUCAUCAUCACUGUCAUCAUCAACAAUAAUAUCAUCGUCAUCACUGUCAUCAUCAACAGCUUUUUCAUCAUCAUCAUUGUCGUCAUCAACAGUUAUGUCAUCAACGAUAAUAUCAUCAACAUCUUCAAUUUUAUCAUCAUCUUCAACUUUAAUAUCGUCAUCUAUUUUGAUAUCUUCAUCAGUAUUGCCAUCAUCAAUUACAAAUCUAUUUACUUCAUCAUCUGUGUUGCCAAGUGUAAUUUCAACUUUAAAAACAUUUACGUCUACAGCAAGAGAGUCGCUGCCAUCUUCAAUUUUAACAUCAACAGAGUCAACUAGGUUGCCAACUGAUAUUUCAUUUGCUUCUUCUUCAAAAUUUACAUCUUCAGUUUCACCAGUCACCUCAUUUACAUCAACUUAUUCUACGUCAUUGUCACAAAAUUCAACAGAAAUCACAUUAGACAUUUCAUCUUUUUCUUCAUCGAAACCACCUGUAACGUUUUCAACAACUGAAAUACCAGUCUCAUCGGCUGAAAGUGCAUCUCUAUCUCCAACGUUUUCGAACACUUUUAAGCCAAGCACAACUUUGUUGUCCAUAUCUACACAUAAACCAAGUAUUGUGACAGAAAUUUCAACUGAAGGAUUAUCGUCUCCAAUCUCUACCGCAAUGACAGACAAUUUAAGUUCCACCUAUAAAUUUUCAAGUACGCUAUUGUCAUCGACUUUGUUACAUAGCACAAGUGAAACACGUGCAGUAUCUGGUGCAUCUACUACAGAAAUUUCAACAUCGUUAGGUACAGAAUUUACUACUGAUUCAGAUGUAUCUUCAAUUUCAAGCAAACAAUCUUCUGAGGUGCCAAGCAAAGGUACAAAACUUACUACUGAUUCCAAAUUUACAUCAACAUUUAUUUCACCGUCUUCUAAACCACCAAGUACUGAUAGCGCAUCAUCAAUACCAACGAAUACUACUUCAUCAUUACCAAUGGACAUCACAUCAUUGUCAACUGAUGUACCUUCUUCAUUUCCUACAGAUGCUUCAUCGUCAGAAUUAACAUCAUUACCAACAGGAGUUACAUCGUCAUUACCAACAGACGUAACAUCGUCAUUACCAACGGACGUAACAUCAUCUUUAUUUACAAAUUUAACAUCAUUGCCUACCGGAAUUUCUUCUUCCCUACCAACUGACGUAGCGUCAUCAGUACCAACAGAUAUAACAACAUCUUUACCAACAGAUGAAACAUCAUUACCAACGGGGAUGUCUUCGUCCUUACCAACAGACGUAACAUCAUCAUUACCAACAGAUGCUUCUUCAUUAUUACCAACAGAUGAAACAUCAUUGUCAUCAGGGUCGACUUCGUCAUUGCCAACAGACGUAACAUUAACAUUACCAACAAAAGCAACAUCAAUACCAACAGAUGAAACAUCAUUGCCAUCAAGGGUUACUUCGUCAUUACCGACAGACGUAACAUCUUUGCCAACAGGGGUUUCUUCUUCAAUACCAACGGAUUUAACAUCAUCAUUACAAACAGACGUAACAUCAUCUUUAUUAACAGACUUAACAUCAUUGCCUACCGGAGUUUCUUCGUCCGUACCAACAAGCGUAACAUCAACAUUACCAACAGAUUCUUCUUCACCAUUACCAACAGAUGAAACAUCAUUGCCAUCAGGGAUUACUUCGUCAUUACCAACAGACGUAACAUCAACAUUACCAACAGAUACCUCUUCAUCAUUUCCAACAGAUGAAACAUCAUUGCCAUCAGGGAUUACUUCACCAUUACCAACAGAUGAAACAUCAUUGUCAUCAGGGAUUACUUCGUCCGUACCAACUGGCGUAACAUCAACAUUACCAACAGAUUCUUCUUCAUCAUUUCCAACAGAUGAAACAUCAUUGCCAUCAGGGAUUACUUCAUCAUUACCAACUGAUGAAACAUCCAAAGUUACUUCAUUUUUAUCAACAAACAAAACACCAAUAUCAACAAUUGUAACAUCAUCGUUACCCACAGAUGUAACAUCAUUUGAAAGAGUGGUGACUUCGACAAUACAAACAGAGGUAUCGUCAAUAUUUCCAACAAAUGUUACGUCAACAUUACCAACAGAGGUAACCUCAUUGUUAACAAGGUUUUCUUCGUCCUUAACAACAAAUGUUACAUCAUCUUUACCAACGGAUGUUACAUCACCAUUACCAACAGAGGUAACAUCGUUGCCAACAGGGGUUAUAUCGUCAUUAUCAACAAACGUACCAUCAUCAUUACCAACAGACUUAACAUCAUUAUCUGUUAUUUCAUCGUCAUCUUCAACAGAUAUUACAUCAUCUUUAUCAAGAGAUGUAACAUCUACAUUAUCCACAGUUGGUACAUCUUUAACAACAAAUAUAACACUAGCAUUUACUACAGUUGCUACAUCAUUAUUACCAACUGAUACUACGUCAUCGAUAGCAACAGAUAUCUCAUCAUUAUUGACAGAAAUAACAUCUUUUUUGACAACUAAUUUAACAUCAUCAUUAUCAACAUUGUAUACUGGAUCAAGUAUUCAAGUAGCAAGUUCAACGUCACGGGAAAGCUCAUCAACAAUAAUUCAUAACAGUACAAUUCAAUUAAGUACAGGUGAGAAUAUAUGA